GUCUUUUGGUUGCUGCUUUGUCACUUUCAUUUUCUCUAGUCAGGAGUCAGGACCCCUCAUAUUUUGGGCUUAUAGAACUUGGGCCAUCGGAAGCCUGCUGGGCUUUUGGGCUACAUGGGCUGAGCAAGGACAGCCCAAAGUAGCAAUGUUUGUUUUUUUUUUUUUUUUUGGUGAUGUCAGGCAGUUGGAUGAGUGGUGGGUCUGUAGUAGAGCUGAGGCAGCCAAUAAUAACGGAUAUCCAAAUCCUGGAAUGCGUGGUGAAGCUUUGUAGCUUUGAAACAAACCACAGCCUCAACCUCAAGUGUUUCUUUAGGAAUUAGGACUGAGACUGACUUUCUUUUUCUCUCCGAUUCGGAGUUUUCGGAAGCAAAGGAUUCGAGUCCAAGGAAUUCAGAAAUGACAGUAGCACCUUCGGUUUCCCGCCUCCACUCUCCAUUUCUGUAUUGUCCUCUCAAGCCAACUUCAUCUACCUCUCUAUCUGUCACAUUCUCUAGAAAUCAACGAUCACCAGCAACAUAUCCACGCAUCAGAGCAAUAGAUCUUGAUCAAAACACGGUGGUGGCACUUUCAGUUGGGCUGGUGAGUGUUGCAGUUGGAAUAGGCAUUCCAGUCUUCUACGAAACCCAAAUUGAUAAUGCUGCAAAGCGUGAAAAUACUCAGCCCUGCUUUCCCUGCAGUGGUUCGGGAGCACAGAGAUGCAGAUUUUGCAUGGGAACUGGCAAUGUGACUGUAGAACUUGGUGGAGAUGAAAAAGAAGUCUCCCGGUGUAUUAACUGUGAUGGUGCUGGCACAUUGACAUGCACAACAUGUCAGGGCUCUGGAAUUCAACCUCGAUACCUAGAUCGCAGAGAAUUCAAAGAUGAUGAUUGAAGCCCAGCAACAUCACCAAUUCCGAUUUUGCAUUCAAUUUGAUGCCUUGAAACUGGCUUGAAACUUGUUGGUUCCAUUGAAUCGAAGAGCUUGGUAACUUCCACCAAGCACUUCUUUUUGGUAACUUUUUUCGUGCAUUCUUCUAAUGUAUAUCUGUGGUUAAUACAAACAACAUCGUAAGAGGAGAGAAGAAUUGACUGUACUAUCCCAAGAUUAUGAAUUCAUCUCCAUUGACUCAGUGAACUGGAGGAUCAAACUCAAUCUGAUAAUCACAAGCACUUCUUUUUGGUAA